CCGUGCUCCGUCCCUCAGCUUAAUGGCGCCGCAGGGUCGCCUGGGACUCACUACCCUUCGUGGUCCCGGGGACCUUUACCCCCCCCUCCAAGUCAGGAUGCUUCAAAGCCCGUGGGAGCUGAAAGGCACCCUGCACAUGCUCUGGAAGUACUUGUAGAGUUGGAAGGGACCGCGAAGAUCGUGCAGACCAACCCGCUGCGAGGCAGGAAUCUUUUGCCCAACGUGGGGCUCGAAACCUGAGUCUCAUGCUGUGAACAAAGCUUCUUGGAUGGGGCAGAGUCAAAGACACUCUGCACAUGCUCCGAGGCACCCUUUUAGGACUGGUAUUACCUAUUCCACUCCAAGUCUGAGCCCGAGCAAGGCUUCCGGGGGCGGUCUUUUGUUUUUCAAGGAACCGCAGGGCUGAUCAGGCUUUACGAAGCUGUGGUCCAUUCGGAUUGAGGGAAAGGAAGGGUGUGAGAACAAAGCGAGCCUAACGUGGAUAAGGCUGCUGCGAGUCUGGAUCCUAGUUGGCUGCUCUUGUUUUCAGUCUCCACAGAAUUCUUCUUCCCGGAGCGGUUUUUUGCUGCUAGUGUAGUAUUGUGACACCCUCCCUCCCCAAAGGGGGCUCAAGAAGAUGCUUGUGUGCCUUUUGUGAAUUUCCACAUUUGAUUUGGAUUUAGCUUAGAUUGAUUUAAACGGGGAUUCAGGCAAAUGCAGAAAGAAAAAAAGUUUUUAAAGUGAAGACAUGAUUGACCUGACGCAGCCUGUAGCUCAGUGAGUCCCCCUACUCCAGAGUAAACGAGUUUGUUGCACUGAAUGCUGUAUUGAAUUAGGCAGCAAGGGGUUGUUUUUAGUUUUUUUGGCUACACACUUCUACUUAUUUUUAUGAUCUUAUUUAUUAACACCACCAAAAUACUCCCCUUCUGGCAAGUUCUAGUUAAUAGCUGGGGGGAAAGUUUUGUGUUGUAAUUAUUAUUAUUAUUAUUAUUAUCAUUAUUAAUAUUUUCUGCUCCAACCAUUACACGCCACUACCAUUCCGGGUGGGAAGCCCCGCCUACCCCAUUCGCCCUGCCUGGCCUUUUGCCUCGGCCUUGUUUUCUCGCCCCGCCCCCGGAAUGAGAUCCAUCUGCGCGUGUUCUUCGGAUUCUGACGCAUGCGUACAAAUGAAACUACUUCCGCAACGCUGCCUAGGCAAACGAAAGGCUCCGAAAGCAGCGCUGCAAUGCACACACUUGCCGCAGACUGAGCAUGCGUCAAUCCAAAGCCAACGGCGCUCACCCGUCCCCGGAGCGAGAAAUGACGCCCAGCGCAUGCGCGUUGGCUCAAGCAACGGUGGCCGAUGAGGUCCGCAACCCUGCUACCUUCCGAGAUGCGCUGAUUCGCAGGACCGCAUUCCAACCGGCAUUCAACGAGGUGUUAUCGCCGCCUAAGGCUACCUUCUGCCUCAAGGGACGCUCGGAGGAUCUCUUUCCCGCGUAAGCGGGGCUGCUGGCUUUUACCGCCCUGCCGCUCAGGUAUUUCUCUGGGACGGAGUGGGUAGUUCCGGGUUUUGCCCUAGUAUCCUUCCGCUGCACGUUAAAAUGAGUUUGCGGUAUCCAUCCGCUGGUUGUUGGAUCUUAUUUUCCUCUAUAUCCCUCCGCUGUAUACUGCAUUAGUGACGUUAAAAACCGAAUUAUAUGAGUGUAUCCCUCCGCCAAUUAAUAUAGUCCCUUUGCUUGCCCACCCCCACCCCCCGCCCAGAACAACAACCUAUGGUUAGACCUUGCGUAGAAGCUAUGACUUCAGACCUGGAGACUUUCCCUGUAAAUGGAGGUGGUUAAAUUAAUAAGUUGUGAGACACUCUGCACAUGCUCAGAAGCAUUAUCAUUUUCAUGUGCCUCCCAUGCUCCAUUUGUACUCUUAUUUAUUUAUUUUUAAGCAAGGCAUGUUUACUUUGCUCUUUGUCCCUACAAGCUUCUCUUUAUUUGCAUGGAAACUUUAAGCGGACUAAAUCCGUUUCUCUUCCUCCAGGUUGCUAACUCAUCUCCAUCUUGUCCUCUGCGGCUGCCUGUUGAGGUACUUAAUGCACAGCUAUAAUGAGCACCGCAGGGUUGGUUUCUCACGUUUGAAACGAGAUCCGGGAAAGCUGCUUUACAUUGGCUGUGUUCAGACAUUGCAAAAAUAAAAAGCAACAGCAACCAUGGUUUACUGUGACAAUAACAAGCCUCCCCUCCCCUCAGGCUGGUAUAGCCCUUGUUUAUCUCCCAGCGUGGACAUAAAGAAGCUUAUGCUUCAUGUUUUGAUCAUCCACAUCAUGCCAUAUUGUCCACGUUAAGCUCAGCGAUGGUGUGUUUGAAACAAAGUCACUUCACACUGCGGCUUAGGGAACUAGCUUGAGUUUCAGCAAACCAUAGUGACCUCUACAUAUUUUAGGCUGCAACUGUCAUCACACCCAGUGCUCAUGGGAGUUGUAGUCCAGAACAUCUGGAGGGCAUCAGGUUGGGAAGGAUUAAACAUAGUUUGGACGUAAUGCUGAAGCCAAAACUGGUAAUCAAAAACUAGAAGCAAAAACUCCUGAUCUUCUCGUGGCUAUCACUGGGAGGGAGGCUAGGUUUAUUCCAGCCAUGCUUACUCAUGGCUUAGCUUUAUUCUAUCUGGAUGCAGCCAUUGAGACAGAUGAGUGUUUAAUCUAGGCCAGUAACCUUAAAGUAAUUUGCUGACCCAAGUCCCACUUUUGAUCCCAAACUGCAACAUAGUGCCAGGUUCAACACUCCCUUCCUUGCACUUGGUCACCUUAAAGUGCAAGCAGGGCCCUUAUAUUUUUAAUAAUUGCAUGGAGGAGGGAAUUUUGAUAGGUACAGAGGAGAAAAUGUUGCGCCUACUGGAAUGUAUACAGCACAGCUCUUUAAAGAUCAAGGAACAUUUACAAACAUUUAUAUGACGUUCUUCAGCAAAGCUUCCAGUGGUUUGCGAAGCCAAAGAAAAAUUCUGAAAUCAAAACAAAGUGCAAUAAAAUUACAGCAUGCUAAAUGCAUUAGAAAUCCUAAGAGAAUGGAAAUGCUUUUGCACGGCAUCCAAAAGAUAACAGUAUUGGCACUAGGUAGGCCUUGCUGAAGAAGGGAAUUGCACAGGCAGGACACCACCCCUGAAAAUCCUUACCUUGAAUGACUGGGGGCACUUGUAGAGAGCCUGCAGAUAUCCCUUUAAUACAAGGACAGGUUUGGUACAGGAACAAGGCUUCCUUCAGCCUUGGCAUCUUAUCACCCUUCCCCUGUACACAUCUGCUUCUGUUUCACAGCAUCGUAGAAUAAUAGAAUUUUGGAGUUGGAAGGGAGACCAAAGGUCAUCUAGUCCAACCCCCCGCAAUGCAGGAAUCUCAACUAGAUCAUCCAUGGCAGGUGGCCAUCCAGCUUCUGCUUAAAAACCUCCCAGGAAGAAGAGUCCACAACCUCCUAAGGGAGAUUGUUCCACUGUCAAACAGCUUUUGCUGUCAGAAAGUUCUUUCUGAUGUUUAGUCAGAAUCUUUUUUCUUGAAUUCAUUGGUUCGGGUCCUAGCCUUACAAAAAACAAAACACCACCUUUAAAAAGCAACAACAGUGGUGCAACUCACCCAAUGGGUGAAGGCAAAUGAUCCAGCCCAGCGCUGAGUGGCAGCCGUUGUUCUUAAGUCCUCAGGUAGGGUCUUUCCUAGUCCUGCCUUCGUGUUUGAUUAGUUCUGACAUGGAUGGAACCUGAGGCUGCUCUGCAUCCUCUUGCUGAGCUGUGAGCCCACCUUGGAGCAGGUUUCAGGGCCUGAGGCCUUUGAAUUAUGGCCCAAAUUCCUAUAUCUCAAGAGGUAUGGAUUAUGCCUUGGGAAAUGGAUGGGUAGGUUUGUGGUUGAAACUCAGUCGACUGGACUUUCAGAGGCAAGGGAAGAAUAUUCGAUUCCAAGUUGUACUUCUGGUCUUCUGGUUUUCAUGACUGAUAGUUUACAGAGGAAAAAGCAAUUCCCACUCCCUGUUGGUUUUUGGAGCAUUUUUAAUAAUCAAUGCGUGUGUGGGCAUUGCACAUGCUGCUUCUCAACAUUCAGUCACACCCCAGCGUGACCAAGAAACAACCCAGUGAAGGGUUGUUAUGGUACGGUAGGUAUAGUUGAAUCCAACCCUCAAAGGCUUCUCAGUAUCGCCCUUGAUCUGGAAAAGGACACCUUCUUCUAUACACAUAUUUUGCACCUCAGCCACGUUCUCCCAAACUGAGACCCCAGGCAAAGGACUCAUGAUCACAAUGUAAAUAGGAAGAGAGGCCUUGGCAGAGCCCUUUUCCUUUGUUACAUUUCUCUGCUCUAUGCUUGCAUCUUUCUGACCCUUCCCCAAAACUUUCUGUUUGAGUGUCUCUUAGCAUCCUUGCGGAAACAGGUGACAAUUGCUGUUUAUGUACUCAGACUAAAGUUUGUUUCUCAGAUAUUACUAUUAUUUAUUCAGCUUCUUAACUUGUCUUUCCGCCUCCCAGGUCCUGCUUCCACAUGUCCGAAUCGGGGCACAGCCAGCCUGGGCUGUACGAGCGCCGUCGCCGCUGGAACCGUGACAAGGAACUGGGUCACCAGAGCCUGUCUGGGCCGGGCCGGGAUCGUGACUACGUCCCCUGGGAUCGCGAGCGAGACCGGCGGGUAAUUUCCACGCUUUGGCUGCGGUGGGAAUAAGGUGAGGGAGCAACGUGGGUCCCCAAGUUGACCCUGUUCUACUCCUUGUAGGACCCAGUGGAUGAGCCGGUGGGAACCGUGAUGCAGAAGACACCCAUCAUCCUGGCCAAGCCACCUGCAGAAAGGGUAGGUUGGGAGACAAAAUGCCAGCAUGCUGUGGCCUGAUGGGCCUUAGUCCCCUGCUCGAUCCCAUGGUUGCCCUCCGAAGAGGCCAGUAAGAGCUCCUGUGGCUGCUCUCGCUUGCUCCUGAGGAACAGGCCUGCCAUGCAAAGCUUAGCUGAAGUUAUUGACACUGUCACUCAUCGACAGUUGAUAUUUAAUAGAAAGCUUAGAGGUUAGCAGCUAGGGCUGGGCUAUUGUUGAGCUUAUCAUUUAUUUAUUUUUCAUUUAUUGUAUGCUGCCCUUCAGCCAAAGAUCACAGGGCGGUGGGUGGGUAGAUGAGGGCUGUUGUUGCUGUUGUUUUUUGUGUCUUUAUUUUAGAUUUUGUGAUGCGGGAAUAGUUUUGUGUUUCUUAAUGUUUUAUUUGUUGGUUACUUUUGUUCGUCGCAAUUAUUUUCCCCAUGUUGUCAGUCACCUUGAGCAUGGUGCGAACUGUGCAGAGGAGGGGUACAUAUAAAAUUAUGUACUCUGAUCCACUUCCUUAAGUGGAGAAUUCUGUGGACUUCUUAGCUGCCAAUUCUUUCUUUCCUUACCUCUCGGUUUGAAAAGGGAUUGGGGAUUCAGACAGACAGACAGACACACACACACACACACACACAGAGAGAGAGAGAGAGAGAGAGUGAGAGAUUGAGAGAUUGAUUCCCUCUUCUUUUCAUUUUAUCUUCUCUGUGUGAAUUUCCCUUUUAGAAGUUACAUAGGGUGAGGUGGAGGAACAAGGAAUCUGGAGCGUAGACACCCACAAGAGAAGGGACUCCUCUUUUCCACCCCGGCUGUUUUAGGUAGCACAGAGGUCGGGGGGGUCAUGUGCCCAGGUCUGGGAAGGAGGCAUUUGAGCCAAUGAGGCUGUGCUCCCAUUUCUGGCCGAGAGAGAUGUUGGAUUUCGGCCUCUGUGUCCUCAGCCUCUGUGUCCUCACAGUCCAAGGGGACCCCAACCCCCACUCCUGCUCCAGCACCUGCCGCCGCCCCAGCCAUAGAGAAGCCCAUUGUGCUGAUGAAGUCGCGGGAGGAAGGCAAAGGUUCCGCGGGGGCAACGGAGACGUCCGCUCAGCCCCCCGCUGCUGUCGCCAAGGUGGAGAAGGAGGGCCAGCGCCCCACGCAGCCAGUCUACCAGAUCCAGAAUCGGGGCAUGGGCUCAACGGCACCCAGCAGCGUCAUGGACCGUAAGUCACGAGAGAUGGCAACUUCCGGAGGUGUAGCCUCAUUGGCCUGUUCCAGACUAAAACUUUGGGUGCUGCAGAGGCCAGCUGUGAUUAGGCGAGAAGGGGCAUGGAGGAAGUAUUAGGGCCCAAUGCAUUGUCUACACGCUGCAUCAAAUACAGUGGUACCUUGGUUUAAGAACAGCUUAGUUUAUGAACAACUUGGAUUAAGAAUGCUGCAAACCCGGAAGUAGGUGUUUUGGUUUGUGAACUUUGCCUUGAAGGCAGAACAUGUUCAACUUCCUGUUAAGUGUGUUCCAUUUGUAAAUUGAGUCCCCUGCUGCUAUGGGAAAGCACGCCUUGGUUUAAGAACGCCUUGAUUUAAUAAUGGACUUCCGGAACGGAUUAAGUUCGUAAACCAAGGUACCACUGUAAAAUUAACCAGUCUAAGGCCCUGAUUUGUAAUAAACUCCCAUGAGAGACAGAGUGCUAAGAAGCACCCCUGCCAGUCAGGUAUGCAAAGCAUCUCAAGAGUAAGAUUCUAGUCCACUGUGUCACCGGGCCUCGUGAAGUGUGCUUUGGUGAAUUGGCCAACAUAACUGAAUACAGUGAUACCUUGGUUCUCAAACUUAAUCCGUUCCGGAAGUCCGUUUGACUUCCGAAAUGUUUGAAAACCAAGGCACAGCUUCUGAUUGGUGCAGGCUCCCCGGGAACAAUAGCUGACAGCCGCAUUGGAUGUUCGGCUUCCGAAAAAUGUUCAGAAACUGGAACACUUACUUCCGGGUUUUUGGCGUUUUGAGUACCAAGGCGUUUGAGAACCAAGGUACCACUGUACAUCCAGCACUUUGUGUGGCCACCCAAAAUAAAGGCACCGGCAUCAACCCGAGAGGGUGACAACGCAAUCCGAUGCACAUCUGUUCAAAACUAUAUGUCCCAUUGAGUUCAUUGGGGGAUAAUCUGAGGUAAGCGUGUAAAGGAUUGAGUCCUGAGUUAAGAUGCCUAUAUAAGCCCUCGCACAACAAUGGACUGACACUCUGGAAUCGCCAGCAACUCAGAAAGUUGCAUCAUUUCUGACUCGGUGUCCAUUCCAUUUGCAUUGCUGUAGGAUGGUGGUGGGGCUCUGGGCAGCGUGUUCACUCCUCUCCCAAGUCACUGUUGCCCACUCUCUUGCGUGCUUUGCACAUUUGCCCAGAGGAGUUGCCACUUGUCAUUGCUUGCAUACUCGAAAGGGGGUGACUGAGCAAGCAGUGAUAGGAGGAGGAAGAGUGGCAGGACCAGGAAACUCCGGAGGGUGGCAGCAGGUACUGUGGGCCUCAGCAGAUGCACAGUUAUGUCUGUCCCUGAUACUGGCCCUGUACUUACCAGGCAAAGGGAGCUCCAACCUCUGCGAAGUGCUGUUAAAUGGGCAGUCCCACGCAUUGUUCUAGGCGCCAGUGGAGAAAUCUUGCACAUAUCCUCUCUUGGGUGUAUGUGCUGUGUCUUCACUUUUAAUCUGGCAGUGGGGUGGUUCCUAGGUGUAAAAAGUUUGGGGAACACUGUGCUAGUCCCUGUGACUGGGGGGUGGGAACUUGGAAUUGUAUGGGAAUGUCUGGCGAAAGUUCAAACAAGAAGUAGGGCAGAGCAGAACUUGGGAAAGUCAGACUCGCCUUAUGAAAUGCCUAGAAAGAGCUGCAAUAUUUAAUGGGGAGUAAAUGGGACUUUUGAAAGCUGUUAAUGAUCACUGCCCGUAUUUUUUUUAUGGGUUAUUGGAAUGACUUCACUGGAAUGCGUUGUUUUGUUCCGUUAGGCCUUUUUCACUUUUUUGUAAGCUGUUUGGCAACCUUUUUUUAAUUUUUUCAUUAAACGACUUAUCAAUUAAAUAAAUAAUGAUGCACUUAACCUUUAUGUGGGACUUCUCACCUGGCCCCUGUUGACCUCAGACCCUCUUGCCAUUCCAGCUGUGGUUGGCCAGGCCAAGCUGUUAGCCCCGGAGAAGAUGAAACACAGCAUCAAGCUGGUGGACGACCAAAUGAACUGGUGUGACAGCGCCAUUGAGGUACUGUGAAAGUCCAGGGGCUUCCUACUGGUCAUCUUUCAUCUGCACCCCUUCCUCUUCCUGCAGCUUUCCUGCGCUCCCCCAGUAAUCCCACUUUAUAAUUGCUCGGCACUUGUUCUGUGAUCAAGUAUGCCUGCACUGGGGAUGGGUUAUUUCCCUGGGAACAUUUCUCCGUGCUGAGAAACGAUGGUAACAAUACCUAGAUAAUCCCUCUCUUUAAAACUCCUGUGAUUUCUGUCCUAGCUGGUUAUGUUUUACAAGUGUUUUCCCCCCUCUGUCCCACAUUAGUAUCUCCUGGACCAAACGGAUGUGCUGGUGGUUGGGGUGCUGGGACUGCAGGGCACAGGCAAAUCCAUGGUGAUGUCACUGCUGUCCGCCAACCAGCCUGAAGAGGAUCAAAGGUAAUUUGGGGGCUUGGCUCGGGGAACCGUUAACCACAACUGCAGAGUCAGACUGUUUAAUGCUAAGGGUUGGGUGAUGAAGUUGAGAGAAUGAAUAAGGAAAGUAGUUGGGGAGACUUCCUCUGUUGGGAGAUCCUCUUAGCUGUUUAGGGGGUGGGGUUGCCUGAAGAUGCAGGGCAAUGCAUCUUGGGCAUGCUGAAAAUAAAGCUUUGAAGAUUAUCGCCUUGUGAUUUGGAUUGGCUGGAGACAUUAUUUGACGCUGAUGUAGCGGUACCAGAAGCCUUAAGCCAAAUAACUGACCGAUUCAAGUCAAUAUGUAACAUUCAUCCUCCACCUCCUCUUAAUGGUUUUUAUCCCCUAUCCCCUCUGCCCUUAAGACUCCUUCAUCUGUUUCUCAUUUGUGUACUUAGAAUCUUUCCUUCAACCACCUUGUCUCUGAGAUAUCUGCCCCUUAGAUUCUCUACAUCCCAGAAUCUCUUUCCAGCCCUAAGCUUGCCGUGUUGCCGUCGUCAUCAAUUUAUUUAUUGCCUUCUACGCAAUCAUCUCAACGUGAUAUACAGUCAUGACAGUAAAAACAGUUAAAACACAGCCUCAUGAAUCUGUUCCUGUCCCCAGUAUCUAAAUAAGAUUAUAAUCCCUGCUAAACUGACAGCUUUUCUUUCCCUCACACUGACAUGUGUGGCUGCAGACAUUUUCUCAUCUUUUUUUUCUUUUAAGCACUGGGAAUGAUUAAACAUUGCAUGCCUUCGCACCAGCUCAGCCAGUCAGUGAUCAGUCUUCACUGCCACAAGUGGAAUUCAAUACAGAUUUAUCAACUCUGCUUUGUCUUUCCUGCCAAUCCUUUCUUCCAGAACCUAUGUGUUCCGCACUCAGAGCCAGGAGAUCAAGGAGCGUGGGGGCAACCAGACCAGUGGCAUCGACUUUUUCAUCACCCAGGAGCGUAUCAUCUUCCUUGACACUCAGGUCUCUGCUUUGGUCAUCUUUCUGCAAUUGCCUCUGACUAUCUUUGGAGAAUUCUCCAUGCAACUUCCAGUAGACCCUGGAUGGGUUAAACGCCAGACCUCCAUUGCCUUGCCACGAACACCUUUGGUGAAAUCUGUUUGUUUUUGUUGUGAGAUUGAAGCUUAUUUGAUCAAGGCAACUGAUCUUUAAGGCAGUUUAUAACGCUUCUCUUCCACAAUACAUCUGUUCCCAGAGCGUGGGAGAGCAGGACAGAGCAGCUAGUCCAGUCUGGAGAGCAGAAAGUGAUCCACUGGGUUUGUUAGAUGGGGUACAAGAAAGGAGAGGUUGGAGCUAUGUGAGUACCAGAUUUGUUGAGCAUCUAGGUGAGUGAAGAAGGACAAAACGAAUAAGAAUACAGUGGUACCUUGGGUUAAGUACUUAAUUCGUUCCGGAGGUCUGUUCUUAACCUGAAACUGUUCUUAACCUGAAGCACCACUUUAGCUAAUGGGGCCUCCUGCUGCCACCGCGCCACCAGAGCACGAUUUCUGUUCUCAUCCUGAAGCAAAGUUCGUAACCUGAAGCACUAUUUCUGUGUUAGCGGAGUCUGUAACCUGAAGCGUAUGUAACCUGAGGUACCACUGUAUAAAUUGGUCACGUUCUCAAUUCACAGGAUAUAAUGCUUCAUCCAUGAGUUGUUGAGAAGGAGGUAGCAUCAUUCAGUAGGAAAACCGAGGAAAGGACUAGCUUUAGCUAAGAAAUGAGGACUGACAACAGGGUAGCCUCAGGUUGGAAACUAGGCUGAACAAAACCCUCCAAAGGCUUUUUCCUUUCUCUCUCCCUCUCUGUAGCCCAUUCUCAGUCCCUCCAUUCUAGAUCACUUGAUCAACAAUGACCGCAAGCUGCCUCCGGAGUAUAAUCUGCCUCAUACCUACGUUGAGAUGCAGGUAGGGACCAUUUGUAUGUGUCGGGUGAUGGUGGCGGAUGUGGAUGUAGGGAAUAAGCUGCAGAAUCCUCACCUCUGGCAGAUGAUGGGGGUGAACCUCCCUAUAGAAACAGGUAGCUCCCUGUCCUGUUGGUCCUCACAGUGCUAAGGCAUAAGUGAAAACAAAGCUGGAGAAACGGGGGAAUUCCUGCCUUUUUCAAGCCAGCUUCCUGGGUCAGUUCUGUUAUUUUCUGUAAUCCUUAGAAUAUGACUCGCCCUCAACUCUUUUUUCACUGGCCUUCAAUAAACUCAUCUGACCCCGUAAAAUGCCAAAGGAUAUUUCCCACCAAAAGUGCAGCUGGUUUUGAAGCAUGGCACUCUCAGCACAGGAGCAAAGGUGUCAUUUGGCCUGCGUUCUUGAGAGCAUGCUCAGAUCGAAACCUUGUACCCUGAGGUCCCAAGCCCUGACCCGUCUCCUACUCACACCUGCUUUCCUUCCAGUCCCUCCAGAUUGCUGCUUUCCUCUUCACUGUCUGCCAUGUGGUCAUCGUGGUACAAGACUGGUUUACUGAUCUGAGCCUGUACAGGUGAGGCAUGCUAGUCACACAGCCGUAGGAAACGAAAGAGUCAAACCAAAGGCCCUAGGCCAGGCUUCCUCAAACUCUGUCCUCCAGAAGUUUUGAGACUACAGUUCCCAAAAACAUCUGGAGGGCCGAGUUUGAGGAAGCCUGCCCUAGUGCCUCAGGGUCAGAAGUUAAGCCCCUUUGUUUUUCUGCUGCCUAAGCAAGAGGACUGGUCAUAAUCUUUCCCUUCAAACCUGAACCUGAAUUCUACAUUUGGGUAGCAUGCAACUUGUUCCCAGAAGUGGUGGAUUUCGCUGCCUCUAUAAUUUAAUACAAAUAAAGCAUAAUUUCUUUUGUGUCUGGGAGCUGCAGAGAGGUGCCAGCUAUAUCGGAUGCUGAAGAUAUGACCCUCUGAGCAUUGGGAAUUUUACUCAGUCCCUAAGAUUUCAUUGGCAUUAGAUUUGGGUGUCUUUUAACUGGAGAUUACUAGACAAAACAUAGGACCUCAUGUUCUUUAUAUAUGCUGUUACCAGUAAGUUAAGGGAAUUGAUAGAUUUCAGAUAUACACUUGGAAGUCCUCAUUUUGUUUCCUCAGCUCUGAAGUUGCGUGGGUAUAUUUAAAAAUCCAGAAAUUUCAAAAGCUAAAUUGCAGGGCUGAUCUUGAGGAAAAAUUUGCAGUCUUGAAAAUGGAUUUUUUCUUUUGGUGACUCUCCUGUUUGUUGGUACUUAAAAUCCUUGAGAAACACCCAUUAUUUCCAAAAAGUUGGUAUUUUGCGCUAUACAUUUUGAAGCGGUCUUGACAAGAGGAAAAAAUGUUUGUUUUGUAUUGUAAGUUCUGAGUGUAUGUCUGAUAGUGAUGGGCUGGUUGGGUUUGGUCCAUUUCAGACAGUACAGGGAUAUCUGUUUCUGUGGGUACUAACUGGCCAUCUUAAUGCCAACCAGUAGGUGCUAGCCCAGUAGCUCUGGAUGAAAUAAAAAUAAAAAUGCCUCUUUCACCUUCAUGCUUCCGUUGGCAUCUUUAAAGCUGCCCCAGCUAUUUGUGCGCUCAGAAAUGGUAUCCCUUGGUUUCCCCCGCAACAGCAAAAUUUUAAAAAUGGCCAGUAGCAGAAGAUCCUGCAGUAUUUCCAUUCUCAACUAGAGGUGGGACAAGGUCUAUUCAGACGAUGCUUCAUCUUACUUAUUCAUUGCAAAAUAUUAUUCCUAGUCUUCAACCGCUGCUGGCUUUUUGUUGCAGGUUUUUGCAGACAGCUGAGAUGGUAAAGCCCUCCACCCCGUCUCCCAGUCACGAAUCCAGCGGCUCCUCUGGCUCGGAUGAGGGCACAGAAUACUACCCGCACAUUGGUACGAAACAGCAUAAGCACGUCUUUAUUGGGCUGGAUCGGUGACCUGUCCCAUCCUCACCCCAGUAUCCUGUCUCCAAGAGUGAUUGCAUCUGGCAGGGUCCUGUGAUGGCCUACAGCUGACACCUGCUCAAAAGGCCUCCCUAAAGAAAGAUAAAAUUACAUCUGGGUACUCCCAAUGAGAGCAGCAACUGGUGGCCAGGCAUAGCAGCAGUUCUGAUUUUCCACCAGACCCCCAAUUCAGGGCAUCGUGGAAAUUUAAGUGGCCUCCAGCCAUUUGGUGCUGUCUGGAUCACCAGCAGCCAAUGUCCCACCAAUAAAGGAGGGAGACCACCAGAGAGCCCUUUUUCCUGGGCCUCAUGACACCUGGAGCUGGCCCUGGGAUCUGGAGUGGGCAGUGGGGUGGAAAGCAAAGGAUGGUGGGGGGUGGAGGCAGAGACCCAAGGGCCGGAGAAGGCAUGGGAUGGUGAAAAAAAGGGGCAAAGCAGAAAGAGGCCACCGACGGCAUCUUAGUUGGCAUUUCCUCGUUUUCCCAGCUCUUCUCUUGAAACGCAGCUGAGGUUCCCCAAGCUGCAAGCUGGAUCCUAGAUUGUGUGUUUGUGCAGCGUCCUGGUAGACAUGGCAAAAUAAUGCCCACAGCAGUUAACAGCUGCCAAUUCAGAAAUCUGAAGAGACAACUGCUCUUCAUUUAAGUGCGCCACAAUUGGAUGAAGUUCUGGCUUAGGGUGGGGAUGGCCCUAUCUCCUCUUGUUUAGAUUUGAGCAAUGGGGACAGGCACAUUUAAACUCUCUCUCUCUCUCUCUCUGCCUAGUUUUUCUCCAGAACAAAGCCAAGAGGGAGAACUUCUGCCCCCGGAACCUGAAGCAGAUGCACCUGGUUAUUGACAAGAUUAUGAUGCACUCUCACCUGAAAUAUAAGGGUAAUGUGCCUCUUUCCAAUCUAUUUGAAAGGCCAGAUUGUGGAGCUUAAAAUAGCUAGAAGAUGAAGCCUGCCGAAGGAGGCAAUGUAGAGACUUGGGCUUUCUCACCCCAAAUAUAGCAGGUUGCUGACCCAGUGGGCCAGCAGGCAGCACUGACUUUCUGGCUGCCACCUAUUAAGCCCCCGAAACCCAGAAAAUCGUAUUUUGGGGUAUCUCAAGACAGUUGUCUGCUUAACCGCACUGUUUCUUUCCACCAGGCACCCUCUCCAUGCUGGAAUGCAACAUAUUUCCUGGCCUUCCUCAAAGUUACCUGGACUCAGAGGUCAACCUGUUCUUACUUCCAUUUAUGGACAGUGAUUCGGAUGAUGCUCUGCCCAGGGCAGGUGAGUAGCUGGAGCUGUGUCUCCGGCCCUUUUGCUUGAUCUUUAAACAGGUAGAAGGGCUGAAGCCCCCACUGCCUUCUGCCUCUGGGCAGCUUCCUCUUCAAACUGGUCCCCAACAUAAAUGAAUCCACAUUUAAUAUUUAAAUCACCAUGUGAGCAGGUAAGGGAUGCAUGCUGAUUGACUCAAGCAAGAGAGCAGGGCUGGUGCUCAGCAGCCAUUUCUGGUAUUUUGAUUCAUUAUGAGUUUGUAUUGAAUGGCAUUGUUUGCUGAACUCGUUUUCUGCUUUAUUUAUACACUGCCAUGCUUUAGAUAUGAUUACAGCGAUUGCAAUGUCUGCUGAUUUUUUUAUAUUGCUACUACGAGCCACCUCGAGCACAGCGUUGUUGUUUGAAAAGGCAGAUACAAAUACUAAGUCAAAACUGAAAAAGAGAAGCAAUGCACAGCAUCAGUCCUACAUCAGCCUUAGAAAUGCUUUCACCUGCCUACCAUUUUCUUUUUCAUAUGAAUUAGCUGCAGGUGGCUCCUGGGUGGAAGAUGGGAUGGGGAUGGCAACAGGCUUAGCUCUUUUGUGUGCUCAGAAUCCUUCCCUUCCAGCGAUCUGCCAAGUUAGUUCUCUCAAAAAAAGAGCUUAACGGGAUGCGGUGGUAUUCCACUUUUACUCAGAGUAAACCCAUUGCAAUUGAUCAUGUCUAUGUUACGUCCAUUAAUUUCAGUGGGUCUACUCUGGGUAACUUGGGAUGCGGGUGGCUCUGUGGUCUAAACCACAGAGCCUAGGGUUUGCCGAUCGGAAGGUCAGUGGUUUAAAUCCCUGCAACGGGGUGAGCUCCCGUUGCUUGGUCCCUGCUCCUGGCAACCUAGUAGUUCAAAAGCACAUCAAAGUGCAAGUAGAUAAAUAGGUCCCGCUCCAGCGGGAAGGUAAACUGCGUUUCUGUGCGCUGCUCUGGUUUCACCAGAAGCGGCUCAGUCAUACUGGCCACAUGACCUGGAAAAACUGACUGUGGACAAACGCCAGCUCCCUCCGCCUCUAAAGCGAGAUGAGCACCGCAACCCCAGAGUCAUUUGCGACUGGACUUAACUGUCAGGGGUCCUUUACCUUUACUUUUACUCUGGGUUGAAGAUAGGCUUUUACUAGAAGAACAGUUGGGGUGGGGAAACUGCAGGAAGGGAAGGCUUUAAGAGCACAUUUCAUUGCCUACCCUGUUUAGCCAAAAUAGCAGAAUUAUGUUGCAUUAGUGAUUUAGGUUUCUGCAUGGAUUGCGUAUAGUUCUGCCCUGAUAUGAGGAAUUGCAGCAACCCUGGAGCACAGAGCAAAAUCCAUCCACUGAAUUUCCCCCUGCUGCUCCAAAUAACACUGCAACCUGCAUCCCCAGUGUGCUGGGCUGGGGGCAGGUUUGGAUUGUGUGAAGGUGUCCCUCCAUCCAGCUUGUGCCUGUGGAGUUGGUGCCAGUUUAGUUUAAUCCACUGAAAGCCCCCAAACACGGUGUUCCAUGAGGGGCUGAGCCAGCCCAGGACCUCUUGGCUUUUCGGGCCAGUGCAGCAAUUUGCCUGCCCUUCCAACCCAGCCAGAUGCGGUGAUGGCCCCAUCAUGGCUUGAACUGCCACCUCAGUUACACCAGGUAACAAAUCACUUGCUUGCUUUUUCCUCGCGGGAUCAGUGUUUUUUUAUUAUUUGAUAGGUUUUUUUCCCCUCUCUCUCUCAUUACAAUUCCUUUUGGAAAAGGGCUGUUUACAUUCUGGUGAAGGCUCCAGAUGCCCCAACGGAUGGAGUAACCCGCCUGUCUUCCUUUCCUUUGCAGCCCCUGGGAGCAGCCCUCUCUUCUCCCUCCUGCCUGGGUACAAGGGGCACCCCAGUUUCCAGUCUUUGAUUGCCAAGCUUCGGAGCCAGAUUAUGUCUAUGUCCCGGCCUCAGCUCUCCCACACCAUCCUGACCGAAAAGAACUGGUAAGAGAGAGAGAGAGAGAGAGAGAUUUUGGUGGUUGAAGUAGCAUAGGAGAAUAACUUAAGAGGGGUCUUAACUUGGUGGGUUGCAAGGCCCAUUGAGCAUCUGAUCAGCCAUCCGUUCUCGUCAGGCAAGUCGCUCUCCCCGCUAAUGAUUUUAUGUAAUUAAAUAACGUUCCAGCUUCCCCAUCUGGCAAAGUAUGCUUCUGCUUUCAAAAGCUCUUGUCACAAUAAAGCUUAAUAUUGAUGGUGCCAGGUUACCUUUUGAGUUUAGCGAGUUAAUGUGUCAUCGCUUUAUGUGCUGGCAGAUGCCUGCCUUCCAGGAAGCGUGACAAAUACAGUGCCUUUUGCAUCGCCCGGCCUUGGCUGGUUUCAGACAAUGGUUCAGACCCCAGAUCUGAGCGUCCUGUUAAUAAUUUCCCUCGACCCAAGGUCACCCAGCUGAGCCUGUUACAUAGGGGAGGAAGACAUAUUUUGCAUCUCUGUGAUGUCCACACCAAGAAAGGUGAUACAGACCAGAAUCACAUUACCAGCCUUCUGGUCCCCAUUCUCUUAUCUUAAAACAAUAUUUUCUUUCUUAAAACAAUGUUUCUUGUCACAAAACCACAAAACCUUAAGCUUAUUGCAAAGUUAUAAAAGCUCAAAACAACCAGCACCUAUCACAAGCAGUAAAACCACACUUCUAACAAAGCCAUAAACUUAAACGUGUUGUAAAUUACUAAUUGCUCCCAAUUAGCAAGAAAAGUUUGUUUUCACAGAGAUAGGAACCUGUGCAUCAGACUCUUUAACUGACAAUUCUGAGAUGCAUAUACUGGACAUUUUGUGAUGUCUAAAAGUACCGGUAUGUUAUUCUGAAGACUUCCGCUCAGAACAGAGCAAAAAUUGCUGUAUAAGAUGUACCUCGUCCUUUGAAGUGGCUCCAUCUUAACCUUUUCAUGUGAUUUAAGAGGAUUUUAAACCUAGGGGUGUGAGAGUCAGGAAUGCCUCUACUAUAAACACAAUGUGAGUUUCACUGCAUAAUGAAAGCUGCCUCACUCCUGCGAGUGUGCAUACUCUGUCUGUUGUGCACUAUAUAGAUCAUCCUCAGGAGAUGCAAGAGGUAAAUUUGCCAUAGUAAAUGGAGUUGCGGGCAGCUGGGUAGUGUUGUGAGCCACAGUGCAUUUUAGAGGGGCCCCAGUCACCCUUACGUAGGAGUGAAAAGCCUGCCCUUCUCCUGUUCUGGUAUGCCAGAGAAAGGGCUGCCAAAUUUCCUUUGCAUGCAGGCCCACUGCACAAGUGGAUUUCAGAUGUAAAAUCUGCCUUUGAAGAAGCACAUUUUGUAUAUUAAAGCAAGUUUCUAGCUCUCCUGCACACAGAAAUUUAGAAAUAGGAUGUGGCUGACAAAAACUUGAAAACCUGAGUUUUGUUUAUGUCAGGCAUGGAUUCUCUACCCUGUUUUUCUUCCUUCCUUCCUUCUUUCCUUCCUUUCUUUCUUUGCAUGCCUCGGUUUUCUGGGGUUUUUGUAUCUUUCCAGUGUGCUCCUUCUCCCUUGUUACUUGCUUCCAAAAAUUUAACACAAACACACACACACACACACGCACACAUCUGAGUAUCUGCCAGUUGAAAGUAGAAAUAAAUAAUAUACGUAUGCAGAUUAACUUGCCAUAACAUUAUGGGUAUUGUGAGGCUAUUGUGGAACAGAGCAGGUAACUCAGUAGGACCCAGUUUGCCUCUGGGCUGAAGCUGACUGCCAUGUUCCUUUCCCUCUCCUGGGCAGGUUCCACUAUGCAGCUCGCAUCUGGGAUGGUGUGAAGAAAUCCUCUGCUCUCUCCGAGUACAGCCGCCUGCUGGCCUGAGCGUGACAUCCUCGCAUUGGUAGCUGCCAAACAGCAGCCAGGCUCCCCCCACCCCCCGAGCUGGGUGGGCCAGGGCAUCUGAGCCGGCGUCCAGAGGCACAAAGCGACGUGUGUUCUCCCAGAGAGGGAGCUGUAGGGGGUGGGCACUAGCCCUCCUUCGGUGAUGCUAUGCAAGUUUCAAGGAGCAGAAACACAGGAUUGUGUGGUGUCCCUACUGGGCCACCGUACUGCCUGCCGCCCAGCAUGGGUCUUGCUCCGUGUCUCUUAGGGCUCCGAUUCCCACCUACAUGCAAAGACGGGAGAGCUCUGCAUGUCUUCUCAUGGGCUGCAACUCCCUCCAGAAAGCAGAAGCCAGUGUAGGAGUUAUGACAGAACCACCAGUAACCUCCUCCUACCCUUCUAAGCAGGAAAAAUAAUAUCUCUGCAAUUGCAGUGGUGGGUCAGAGCAAAGGUCAGUGGGGAGCAAGAGUUGUUGCUUUGUAUAUGUUGAGACAGUACUUUCCUGUAGUCGAGUGUGUUGCUCAUAACCUUCCAUUUUGAGGGACGUGGACCCCGACGCAUCUCCCCCUCCUCAAGUCUCUGCCCCUUUCCUCGAUCCAAGCCUAGCUUUCUUGUUCCUGCAGCAAUGUGAGUUAAGAGUAACUUCCCUUUGGGGAAUAUGACAUUCUUGUUUAAUAAAUUGUUCGUGCCGUUUCACGUUGUGUGUGGCUUUCC